AUGGUUGUACCUAUCGAUAUCAUUUCUCAGCACAUCAUGGUACUUAGCCGUGCCGGUCCAGCACAGACCGGGACUGUUGCGCUCAAAGCUCUACCUCUCUCCACUUCUGCACGUAUGGACCAAAUUCGUGCGCUCACUCCGCUUCGGCUUCGUCCAGACGAAUUGUCCUCCAGUUGGACACGGUUCCGUUCCGUGACUGCACACAUCGCCAAACGACAUGGAAUCCGUGGUUUCUAUAGAGGCUACGUAAUAUCCCUAUGCACAUUUGUGCCCAGCUCUGCUCUUUGGUGGGGUUUUUACGAUAAGAUUUGCCGACUGAUCGCGUCACUGCCCUCCGAGCCGUUUCUCAUAGGACCUUUCCGAUCAUCGUCUCAACAAUUGCCCUCUGAGCGGGUUGAUUCAUCCAUCCAGUUGGGUAGUCGACUUCCUCGAUUGGCCAUCCAGUUGCUCUCCGCUCCACUGGCGGGUAUUGCUGCAGCCACAAUUGUGAAUCCAAUUGAUUGUGUUAGGGUGCGAAUGCAGGUCGGUCACGUCUGUUUCACUGAAAGUGUGCGCACUCUGUGGACCACAGAAGGUGUGCGGUGGUUUGUCAAAGGUCUUUCUGCUCGUUUGAUUCAAACCGGGAUCUUCUCCUUCUGGCUAGUGAUGAUCUACGAACCAGUCAAAGUUUUCUGUCUCAAAGACGAAUUCCGUGACCAGUUUCGGGUCUCAUCUGGCAAUUGGUGA